GCUAAAAAUUUUUUAAUUAUAAUCAUUAUCAAUUUAUUAAUAUAUAUUAUAUAAUGUCGACAUUUGAACACAAGGCCGGCACUGCCAUUGAAUGUCUAUCKAUACCAAUCAAGUUGACCAAAGAGAUCAGCUACGAUGAAACUGGUCGCGAACUACUCAAGUGUGGCUUCAAAAUUGGCGGCGGCAUUGACCAGGAUUUCCGACAGAGUCCGCACGGUUUUACCGAUAAUGGUAUAUACGUUACGGAUGUGACAUCCGAGGGYCCGGCCUGGAAGUGCGGCCUACGUAUGGGCGACAAGAUAUUACAGUGCAAUGGCUACGACUUUACAAUGGUUACCCACAGAAAGGCGGUCGAGUAUAUCAAAAAGCAUCCCAUACUCAAUAUGCUUAUAGCCAGGAAAGGGGUCACACAAACCUAAAAACAAACUGUGUCUACCCCUACCCCCACCAKCCAUCUAUCCACCCACCCGUUCCGUGUUUUAUAGUUGUGUGUAGUUGUGUAUAGUUGGAUAGGGCAGUGGGUGGGGGCCAUGAGGGRAGUGUAAUCAGUUGUUGUGGUGCUAAAUAAUUGGCGACUAUCAUCAUCAUUAUCAUCAACAACAACAACAAACCGACCGCGACUAUUGUGKUGUCGGUGGCGGCCAAACAAACAACACAUUCCGAUAAUUUUUACCGUAAAUUAUAAAUGUUUUAUAAAAACAAACAAACUAUU